AUGAAGGGCCUGUUGGUGCUAGGAUUGCUGUGCCUUGCGGCAGCUUGUUUCGCCUAUCAAGCCGAAUCUGAUCUAGCCGUAGCUGAGAGCAAAGGCCACCACCACGAACACGGCGGUGGCCAUCAUCAUCACGAGCACCAUCACCAUGAGCACGGCGGCAAGGGUGACAAGGGUCACAAAGGGCACCAUCACCACCACAAGGGUGACGAGGGUCAUUACGGCAAACAUCACGACGAGGAACAUCACCACGAACAUGGAGGCGGCCAUAAAAAGCAUUGGGACGAACAUGACCAUCAUGGCGAACACCACGAACACGGCCACCACCACAAAGGAGGCAAACAUGGACACCAUGAACAUCACGAUAAGGGGGAACACAUCGAUGGCUACCACAAAAAGUACCAUAAGGACCACUUCCAUAAGGACCAUCACUUCCAUGACGGACACCAUGACGAAGGCAAGCACCAUAAAUACGAUAAGCACCAUGGACACCACGAAAAACAUGGUGGUGGUCACAAGAAAGGCGGUCAUCAUCAUUCCGGACAUCACGAAGGCCAUCAUGGAAAACAUGAUCAUCAUGACAAACAUCACUACGACGAAGGACAUCACGAACACAAAGGCCACCAUGGACAUGAUGAGCAUCAUCACGGUCAUCAUGGCCAUGGUAAGAAAGGAGGCCACGAAGACCACAAGCACUGGGGAUUCCAUCACGGAAAACAUUAA